AUGGCGUUCUCCCAGGAGGAGUGGGGAUGCCUGAACCACACUCAGCGGGAACUGUACAGGGAUGUGAUGUUAGAGAACUACGGACACCUCCUCUUCCUGGGUUUCAUUGUGUCGAAUCAUCUGGUCAUUGUGUCGACAGAUCUGGUCAUCUUUUUGGAACAAAAGAAUGCACAUUGGGAUGUGAAGACAGUAGCCAUCCAGUUGGUUUGCACUGACGAGGAGGGCGCUCACCUCUGUGUAGUUGAUACAGUUGACUUCUGGGAGCGAGACUUUCCCAUCGGUCAGCCCGCCAUCCCGCAGGCACUGCUGACAUUCAGGGAUGUGGCCAUAGAGUUCUCCCAGGAGGAGUGGGGAUGCCUGACCCACACUCAGCGGCAACUGUACAGGGAUGUGAUGUUAGAGAACUACGGACACCUCCUCUUCCUGGGUCUCGUUCUGUCAAAGCCAGACCUGAUGAUGUUUUUGGAGCAAGAGAAGCAGCUCUGGGACGUGAAGAGAAAGGAGACUGUGGCCUUCCAUCCAGCUCUUAACCGGUCCUCCAGUGUUGGUGAUCAUCAGAGAAUUCAUGAGGCUAAAAACCCAUUCAGAUGCAAUAAACCAGGGACUAUGUUUAGUCAGUCAUCAAGGCUAAAUAUAAAUAAGAUAAUCCCUGAGGGUGAGAAAACUUACAUUUUUAAGGAAUGUGGUAAAUCCGUUGACUGCCGCUCAAAACCAUCUCAACAUCAGCAAAUGCAUACUGGAGAGAAAAUACACAAAUGUGAAGAAUGUGGUACAACCCUUAAAGACUGUUCAUCAAUAAAUGGACAUAGGCAAAUUCAUACUGCAGAGAAACUUUACAAAUGUAAAGAAUGUGGGAAAGCCUCUACAUUGUGCUCAACCCUUCCUGGGCAUCACCAAAUUUGUACUGGGGAGAAACCGUAUAAAUGUCAAGAUUGUGGCAAGGCCUUUAACCAUCACUCAAGUCUUAAUAGACAUCACCGAAUUCAUACUGGAGAGAAACCUUACGAAUGUAAAGAAUGUUCCAAAGCCUUUCGGUCAUGCUCAGAACUUACUCAACAUCAACGAAUUCAUACUGGAGAGAAACCUUACCGAUGUAAAGAAUGUGGCAAGGCCUUUAACUGGCCCUCACAGCUUACUCGACAUCACCGAAUUCAUACUGGAGAGAAACCUUACCAAUGUAAAGAAUGUGGCAAGGCCUUUAAUUGUCCUUCAUACCUUACUCAGCAUCACCAAAUUCAUACUGGAGAGAAACCUUACCAAUGUAAACAAUGUGGCAAGUCCUUUAACAGGCUCUCAACCCUUACUCGACAUCACUUAACUCAUACUGUAGAGAAACCUUACAAAUGUCAAGAUUGUGGAAAGGCCUUUAACUCAGAUUCAGCCCUUAGUCAACAUCACAGAAUUCAUACUGCAGAGCAACCUUACCAAUGGAAGGAAUGUGGCAAGACCUUUAACCAGAGCUCAAGGCUCACUCAACAGCACAGAAUUCAGGGUGGAGAGAAACCUUAUAAAUGUCAAGAAUGUGGAAAGACCUUUAAAAGUCAAUCAUACCUCACUCAACAUCACAGAAUUCAUACUGGAGAGAAACCUUAUAAAUGUCAAGAAUGUGGCAAGGCCUUUAACAGUCUCUCAGACCUUGUCCGACAUCACAGAAUUCAUUCUGGAGAGAAACCUUACAAAUGUCAAGAAUGUGGCAAGGCCUUUACCCAGAGCUCAAGGCUUACUCAACAUCACAGAAGUCAUACUGGAGAGAAACCUUACAAAUGUCCAGAAUGUGGCAAGACCUUUUACAGACACUCAGUCCUUACUAAACAUCAUAAAAUUCAUAGUAGGUAG